AUGCGCCUCAUCUCCGGCUACCGCAGGACCGGCGUCGUCGUUCACCACUACACCAACUCGAUCUGUCAUGCGUACACGCCGCAGAUGAGCUUCGAAACGCUCUACUGGCGCCUCUUUGGCGUCUUUCCAAUGGCCUCGCCACUCGUGACGCCGGCAGAGCACCGCUCAAACGACAGCGUGCACGUACAACCCACGGUGCCACCGUCGUCGCUCGAGGUGAUUUUGCGCGACUCGACGUUCUCCGUGCCGCCAAGUGUUGCGCGUCAGAUCACGCGCGUCAAGCUCCCAACGACGCAGCGCUGCGAGUUCCAUGUGCUCGGCCUCACCGAGUGGGGCUUGUAUUUUCCCGUCGAAGACGACGUCGGUCACAUCGCCGUCAUCAACGGCAACAGCGUGACGUACCGGCAAGACGUCACCAUGAAGCGGCUCCUGGCCGCGGCGUCGUCCCCACGCAUCCUUGGUAUCCCAGAUCUCCAGAAGGCUUUCGAAAAGAAACUCGUCGUCGUUUUGUCCGAUUUUACAUAG